UCUAUAUAGUUGUAAAAAUGUGUAUCAAAGUUUUUAACAAAGAGAUUGAAUAAUGAGGCAAAUGAUAUGAUAUAAAUUAUCACAACUGUUAAACCAUUUGGUGGAAAACUAUAAAACUUGGCACAAAUUAGUAACAAUUAAAAAAUAAAAGAAUGGUAUAUCCAAGAAAAGUUUGUGAAUGCUUAUAUCAAAAAUUUCUACCAAAAGGCAAGAUGAGCCUCCAGUCGCGAAAAGCCACUGUCAUCCACUUCUUCGUAGUCUCUUAUUGAUUCGUAGUUACGUCACUAGAAAUUUUUCACUUUCCUUGAAAAAAUAUACCUUAAAAAUUUUUUAAUUUUAUGUAUUUUCUUCAUGAAGAUAAACGUAAGAGACCAUUAAAUUAAGUUAAAUUCUUCAUUAAGGUUUUGUAUAAAGUGUUUUGUAAAUUCUCUUUAUGUGCAUAUCUCCACACUUGCAUCGCGAGUUAGCCGCAUCCUCUUUCUGGCAUCACUAGUUAUAAACAAAUUACAACCUUUUUUUAUAGUUCUCAUUAAAUGACGAUAAAUGAUCACUGUAUACAACUAAGCUAAUAGAUUUUUUUCGGAAAAUUUUCUAAACUAAUGUACAUUAGUGUAAUAAGUUAGGGUAAAACAAACUAUAUUUGUCUCGUUCCAACUUAUUGCAUCAGUGUAUACUACACCCUAGUGGCACAGUGCAUUGGCAACAACAUUGGCUAAACAUUAUAACAUAAACAUCCGAUGUUAUGCGGGUAAGAAUAAAUUUCUUUUUCGAAGACUUUUCUAUGUUGAAUGUCCGGUUUUAAAGCGCAUUAUCUCAGUGUGCAUGUCAUGAGGAUGCGUCUGUUGCAAGGGGCAUGCUCCACAAUAACGAGGAGAGAUAGUUCGUGAGCCAACAGAUGUCUGAAUCAGUCUACCGUGGUUGCUGGUAGCGGUACGAGCUUCGCCGCGCUUGCGGUUUCUCUAUCGCAGUAGUGUGAUCGUGGCAAUUAGCGAACAAGUUUGGAAUUAUUUUCCCGCUGAUGCAGAUUUAUCGCACCGCGGGAGAAAGUCUCGUGUAAUAGCAAACGCCAGCUGAAGAUAAACCGUUCACUCCGGUGUGAAAAAAUCAUCAUGGAUCCUACUUCAGAAAACAACGUGAAUGGAGUCGGUAACGGCAUCCACAAGAGUAUGAAAGAUACCUUGGACAACGGCAACGGCACUAUGUCGCAUCUCUCCAGAAUGGCUGCGGUGGACAUCGAAUUCAACGAUGUGACAUAUUCAGUGAAGACUGGUCCAAAAGAAUUUAAGAUGCUUCUGAAGGGAGUUAGUGGGCAAUUUAAAUCGGGUGAACUUACGGUAAUUCUAGGUCCUUCUGGUGCCGGAAAAUCGACGCUACUCAACGUUCUUGCAGGAUACAGAUGCAUGGACAUAGGUGGGUCGAUACGUAUCAAUGGACAACUGCGAGACGUGCAGAAAUUUAAGAAGAUGUCGCGUUACAUCAUGCAAGACAAUAUGACACAACCAAAUCUUACUGUUUUCGAGGCAAUGUCCUUUGCCGCCGACUUUAAGCUCGGCAAGAGGAAAUCAAGGUUACAGAAACGCGCUGCUAUAAAUGAGAUUCUAAGUAUUCUUAGAUUAACUGGAACACAAAAUACAGUCACAGACAAAUUGUCUGGUGGUGAAAAAAAGAGGCUAACAAUUGCACUCGAGCUUGUAAAUAAUCCGCCUGUUAUUUUUCUCGAUGAACCGACUUGCGGACUGGACAACCUCUCCUCUACCAAGUGCGUUGAUAUUCUCAAGAGAUUGGCGCAUUUAGGGAGGACUGUUGUGUGCUCAAUGCACACGCCUAGCGCAAGCGCAUUUAAUAAAUUCGAUCACGUCUACAUCUUGACAAACGGACAAUGCGUUUACAGGGACACCGCGAGCAACGUGGUGCCGUUCAUGCGAGACGUGGGCCUAGAAUGCCCGAAACAUUACAGUCCUGCGGAUUUCAUAAUAGAAAUGGCAUCGGAUGAACAUGAUUUCGAUCUGAUCGAACGGAUGGUUGCAUGCGUAAACACGAAUCUACCUUUGGUUCCGAUUUUGCAAUCAAAGAGCGAAAUUGAUUUCGACAAAAACAAUCCAAAAAUCUCAUGGAUCUAUCAAUUCAAUACGUCAGUAAGAAGAAUGAUGACGCAGUUGUACCGAAACAGAAAUUAUAUGUACGUGAAGUUAUGGGUACUUAUCUUUUUGGGGAUAGUGAAUGGCUCACUAUUUUGGAAUAUAGGCAACGAUGCCUCCAGGGCCCUCUUCAACUUUGGCUUUUGCUUCGGAUGCCAGAUAUAUUUUCUGUAUAUACCUUUGCAACCGGUGCUACUGACUUUUCCUUCGGAAGUUAAAUUAAUGGCACGGGAACAUUUCAACGGAUGGUAUAAUCUUAGUGCAUAUUAUUGGGCUUUAACAGUAGUCAGUAUUCCUUUACAGAUAAUUUUUGGAUUUUGCUAUCUCACAAUAAUCUACUUGAUUACGGGACAACCCCUGGAGUUGCACAGAAGCUCCAUAUUCUUUGGCACUUGCUUCGUGUGUGCUUUCAUCUCGGAGAGCAUAGGACAAAACAUUGGCAGCAUGUUUAAUCCUGUAAACAGUAUGGUUAUUGGGUCCAUAAUAAGUUGCCCUUUGAUACUAACCGCAAUACAAGAUUUUGGUGUCGAAACAACCGGGCCUCGACCACUUUUUCGGACGAUCUUCAUGUAUACGAGUCACCUUCGGUAUGGAUUGGAGGGUCUCACGACGGCUAUAUAUGGAUAUGGUAGACAAAGAAUACCUUGCCCAACAGAAGAAUUUUACUGUCAUUUCAGUUCGCCUAAGGAAAUUAUGCAAAUAAUAGGGAUCACGUAUUAUUUUUUGAGGCAAAGAGUGCAACCAAACAAAACUUUCCAGAUGUUCCAGGUAAUAAGAAACUUAUUCAAGAACCAUUUCAACAUAUAAUACUAAGUAUACUUUAGUUUUGCUCGUAUCAUAAUGUGUCGACAUUAUACACAUUGCUCAAUGCUCUCUAAUUAACUUUACUAAGCGAAUUUCAAAAAUAUUUGCAACGAAAGUACAAAAUUGUCGAUACAACAAUAUGUCAAACGUAAUAUAACUAAAACGAGAAGAAAAAAGUAGAAUAAUUUAUAUGAAAAUCCAUUAGACUUUUGCUAAAUAAAACGAAGUGUGUAAGAAGAAAUUGUCGAUACAACAAUAUGUCAAACGUAAUAUAACUAAAACAAGAAGAAAAAAGUAGAAUAAUUUAUAUGAAAAUCCAUUAGACUUUUGCUAAAUAAAACGAAGUGUGUAAGAAAAUAUUAUGUGCUCCUAUUUCUAUCACCAUAUUGUCAAGAAUAACAUAUUACAUAAAUAUCGCGUCAAGGUAAGUGCGAGAUGAGAUAAAAUAUUUCUAUAUAGUUGUAAAAAUGUGCAUCUAAAGGGCUACCACCACGUUUAGUAGGUUCCUGGUAGAGGCCUGACUGUAAAUUUAACGUCGAGAAUUAUAAUUGCCUGAUCAGGUUUUCCUUAUCAAGACCUCAUGACUUGCCCCUUGUUACGCCUUACAAUUUCUAAUAGGGGGUAGCAGAGUAUCAGUAGGUUUCCUAUUAAAAAAAAUUUAUGUCCUAAACUAAUUUUUAAAUUGUGUUAAAUUUUAUAGUCAUCAGAAGUAUAUUCAAGUCAUUGAAGUUUAUCGAUGACCCAGAUAAUCCGCUGUCGGAUCAUAUCAGCUCGCCUCUUAUACUAAUACGGGAUGAUUUAUACUUAAAAGAAAAAGACUAGCACGCGGUCGCCACGUCGCGGCAGUGAGUGGUACUAGUACUAUAUGUUCGGAGAAUAUAGGGGCAUAUACGAAAACUAAUAUACUGUACGAGAUAUUAAAAUUAUAUCCCCAAAAUAUACAUGAAAAAUAAUAUACCACCAAAAACGUUAUAGGAAUAUGAUCAGUAUGUUAAAUAUAGUGCGUUUAUUCACAGUAUGAGUAUAGAAUAUUCUAAUAUCAUGUGCUGUGUGGGAUUUUCGUUUUAUCCAACAGCCGUCACGUGCGUGUAAACUUCCCUCCAAAUUAAAAUUAAUUUAAAUUACUAGUGAAAUGAAGGUCACACGCACCGCAAAAAACAUAUCUUGAAACGAAUGCUUUCAAUAACUGGUUUAUAUUUCAUAGAGAACUAAGAUGAGACAGCUACGCGAAAUAAAUCGAUAUUGGUGCAAUGGCGUCACACCAAUAAAAUUCGGAAAGCAUUCGUCCACGUUGAAGCACGUCAGUCACCUUUUCGUCCAAAGAACAUGACUGACGUAAAAAAAAUAACGUCAGUCGCAACUCGUUCGCAUCAUUCCGUAUUUUUGUUGCGUAGCCUGCGACGCUGAUUAAAAGUAUAUGACAUUCACCGCGUAUGGCUAUCCCCGCGGCGUGACGAGGAAGCGCACGUUGCGAAGCCCAUGUCGUACACGUACAUGUACACUACCGGAGGGCUAUAUAGUUGGUGAGCCACCGUGGUAUCUGAAUCAGUCGACCGUUGUUACUGGUGGCGGUACGUCGAGCUCUAUUGCGCUCGCGGUUUCUCUGUCACAGCAGUGUAAUCGUGCCAAUUGGCGAGCAACUUUGGAAUCGUUUUCCCGCUGAUGCCGAACAAUUCGUUGAAUCGCG